AUGAAUUGCAUUGGCCUUACGCUCUGCUUGGCCAGGUUUACCCCAGAAGCGUCACGUGCAGCACAUGCUUCCCCGGAUAUCCAAGCGGGACGAAGGUCUAUCUGCACCGAAGUCCGUAAGCCCAACUUCGCAACUCUCCGAGUCUCGACUCGCAGCAUCGUCAACCUUGCCCUGUUCACUCUUCGCUCGUUCUGGAUAUUGGAGCUGGACCUCCAGAUUGAUCAUCGGCCGUACGCGUCACCUGCCAAGGCUUGUCCCGGCGUAAGGCAGGUGGAAUUGUCCGCGUGGCCUGCAACCGUGGCCGCAGCAUCUCAGCCUCGAAACUGA